GCUAGGCUGUGGAGUAGCUGUUUACAUUUUGAUUCUUGUCUAUAAGCUACAUAGUUAUUAACUUUAAAUUCAAAACAUUUUAUCAGCGGUUAUUCUGAUUAAAACUACGGUACAAAUGACGUGUUCUUUAUAGUGUCACGUCUAGCUUGCAACACUUCAGUAGCAACGAUCAAGUAACAGGCACAAUGGCGUGUACACCCUGGCCCAAAGGGAGGAAACUUGUCCACUUGGAUUUGAAAGGUGCCCCUCCGCGAGUUGAAUAUCUUCACAAGUUGAUCGAGCUCUUCUCUCAACUUGGAGUCGAUGGCCUACUGAUGGAGUAUGAGGACAUGUUUCCUUAUAAAGGCGAGCUGCAGCUGCUGCAGGCCACAGAGCAGCCUGCUUACAGCCGAGAGGAAGUGUUGUCCAUGCAGGAGUUUGCCAGAUCAAAGGGCAUGGAGGUGAUCCCACUUGUGCAGACAUUUGGGCACAUGGAGUUUGUGUUGAAGCAUCGGCUAAUGUGGCACCUUAGGGAGGUGCCGCAAUGUGUGGGCACCCUGAAUCCCCACAAAGAGGAGGGGGUGAAGCUGGUGAUGGAGAUGCUGAGGCAGAUAAUGGAGCUGCAUCCUGGCCUACAGACGCUGCACAUCGGAGCAGACGAGGUUUACAUGCUCGGUGAGGGUGAGGACUCCAAGCUUUGGUUGGCUUCUCCUGGACGUACGGUGGAGCAACUUUACCUGAGUCACAUAACCAAGGUGGCUAAGGCUAUCAAGGAGGCGUGGCCUCACGUGACCAUCAUAAUGUGGGAUGAUAUGAUGAGAAGCAUGAACCAGGACACACUGAAAGCAAGCGGUCUGAUAGGACUUGUGCAGCCCAUGUUAUGGGACUACACCCCAAAUUUGGAUGUGGAAAAAACUGUGUCUCUGCUGGAGAAGUACUGCAGUGCUGGUAUGUCUGAUCUGUGGGCUGCUAGCUCCUUUAAAGGCUCCACCGCUGUUUACACCUGUGUGACCAACACACAGAGACAUGUGGAUAAUCAUCUACAAUGGCUGAAAGUAGCUGCCUCUCUGUCUGCUGGUGUAAACCUGAAAGGCAUUGCCAUUACAGGCUGGCAAAGGUAUGACCAUCUGUCAGUGCUGUGUGAGCUGAUGCCUGUGGCUCUCCCUUCACUAGCAGCCUGUCUCCAGACUCUCAUCCACGGUCAGUUCAGUGCUGAAGCUCAAAGCAAAGUAACUGAGAUGCUGGGGAUUUCCUCAGUAGAAGUGGAAGCCAUGGAGAAGACUUCUGCAGCUGAGUCGUCAUUCCCAGGAAGGAGGCUGGCUGAGUUGAUUGUGGAGCUUAAUUUACUGCUUAACUCGGAGGACGUAAGAUUUUUUGAAAGCAACAUGCUUGUAAGAGGAUGGCUAAGCCCCUACCACAGGCAGAGGAUGAUGGUAACACCACUUAUCUCCAUGCAGAUUCACAGCCAAGCAUCAAUGUAUUUGGAAAUGUUACAACGGAUGACGGAGGCAGUAAAAGAGGAGAUGGUGCGUCUUUAUCCAGAUACAACAGCUCAGGAGUGGAUAGAGCAACAUGUCAACCCUGUGAUGGCCCCACUACAGCGGAUAACGGAGGAUAUCCAAGCCUGUCUGAAGGAGAUGGUGCCCUAGACCAAUCUGGCUCCAAACUUCUUUUUUCUUUUGAUACUGUAUCUGUUGCAUAACCUCUCAAAUUAAUAGGAGUUAUAUGUGUGAUUCAAAGCAAAAUUUAAAAAAGUGUUUUAUACAAAAACUUUAUGUACAACACGUUCAACGAAUGUAACAAAGUAAACAAUAACAAUAAAAUCAAAUAAUCCAAAAGUU